AUGUUGUUUUUGUCGGUGGAGAGCUCCGUAUCCUUGUCGGCACGGCCUCUGCCAUGCAUUUCCAGAGUUUCGUCGUGGAGCAUCCAUUCCGGUAGAUACCGGUAUGACCACUCCAAGUAUUCAAAGACAUGCUCUCGGCUGAACGCUGCAGCCAACGACGAAAAUGACAGUAGCAACGAAGAAGAGAACAUCAAUCUGGACCCUUCAUCAUCCAUGGAAGAAUUGCAAAAUCAGCCAUCACAGCCCGCCUCUCCAAAAUCAACGACAUCUUCCUCAUCAUCAGAAAAACCUCAAGCAUCCAAACGAAAAAUGCUAAGCUUUGCCAUUCCAGCUUUGGGAAUCUUUCUCUGCAAUCCACUCUUGUCCAAUAUUGACAAUGCCUUUGUGGGAAAAACGGUUGGAACGCAAGGCUUGGCGGCCUUGUCGCCUGCUACAAUCUGCACAGAUCAAAUGCUCUACCUAUUUUCGUUUCUGGGACGAGCUACCACGGGGCUCGUCUCGAGAGCCUACAAAUAUGACGACGAAACGGGACAAGGGGACAAGCAAGCCGCGCGAGAAGCAGCAUCCUCUCCCUUGUCCGUGGCACUAAUUGCCGGCGUCAUUGUCACCACCAUUUAUGCAUUCUUCACCCAGCAAAUGCUAUCGGCAAUCAAUAUUGCUCCCUCACUUCGGGCCCCGGCAGCAUCGUAUAUUCGAUGGAGGGGUGCCAUUGCGUGGGCAGCCAUGGCACAAAAUGUGAUACUCAACAUUUUGCUUGCCUCGAGAGAUGCUAUAACGCCACUCAAAAUUGUCUUGUUGGCAGCCGUUGUCAAUGUCGUGGGGGAUGCUCUCUGUUGUGUUUGGCCCCUGCAAAUGGGAUGUGGUGGAGCCGCUGCCGCUACGGCAUUUGCCACACUCUUUAGUUCCUUCUUCAUGAUCCGAUCCUUGAAGCGCAAGGAGCUGUUACCACGGCUCAAGAUACCCACCAAACAACAAUUAUUGGGACUGUUGGAAUUCACGGGACCACUCUUGGCCAUCACCUUGACACGACUAUUGGGCGCCAUCAAUAUGCAGAGAGCUGCUAGUCGGCUGGGAGUCAACCAUCUGGCUGCUUACCAAAUGAGUAUCAACAUCAUGUUCCUCUUCAUGCUGUUUGGAGAACCCCUUAGUCAACUAAGCCAAACACAGCUGCCUGCCUUGGUCGAUGACAAGACCAAGCCGCGAGGACCUUUGAUACAGGCCACAUUGAAAUCAAUAUUGACAUUGGGAGCCAUGACAGCCGUGGCGAUGGGGGGUAUCGCAGCGUUAUUGCUAAGAUUUGGUUCGGGAUUGUUUUCGUCCGAUGCGGCCGUCCAACAGUUGGCCAACGGAGUAGCACCAUCUUUGUUUCUGGCAGUGGCUACUGGAAUCUUUACAGUGGCCGUGGAUGGAUCGAUGUUGGCAUCUCGGGACUUUGGUUUCAUGCUGUUCCAGGGCACGUUGUCACUUCUCGUACAGUGGAAACUGCUCCUUUCUCCUUGGUGCUCGUCUGUAUCAGCGGUCUUUGCUACAUUUACGCUUCGAUUAGGAACAUACGCACUAUUUGCGGUGAUAAGAGUGGCACUUGGACGUGGUCCCUUGGGGAAAGCUCUGAGAAGAAGAAAUAUGGACGAUGUCAUGAUCAAUGGAGAUGAGAUCAACGGGGCCAGCAGUGCUGCAGCUGCAUAG